GGUCAACAGCAAUGAUGUAAUUACUACCCAUGGUUGUGCCAUGAGGAAAAUUGAAAAAAUAGAAAUGUAAACAUGGACGGAAGGUUUCGUCGAAAAACUGCGCGACUAUUGAACUAAACGCGACAAAACAUGAGCGAAAAGAAAGCUAAGAAUUUGAAAACGGCGAUAGUUUGUGGAUCGUUUUGUGGUGCAACUUCAACAUUACUUUUUCAGCCAUUGGAUCUCGUUAAGACAAGGAUACAAAUCAACAAAGGGCAUGGGUUAUGGCAAUCACUUGUAAAUGUUUGGAAAACGGAUAAAGUACGAGGAUUAUGGAAGGGAGUGAUUCCAUCCCUGUAUCGGACCGUUCCUGGAGUUGGAAUAUACUAUGGCUGUUUGCAUGUGAUGGAUGCUGGACUAAGAAAAAAUCACAGCAGUUUCAUAUGGUUCACUUCAGGUGCAACAGCGCGAAGUGUUGCAGCAUUGUGCCUAAUGCCAGCCAAUAUUAUCAAGAUUCGUUUUGAGAGUGGAUGCUAUAAAUACAAAACAGUUCUAGGUGCUUUGAAAGAAAUUUGGUCAACAGAAGGAUUUAACGGUCUAUACAGGGGAAGUUUUUCAACAAUAUUACGCGAUGCACCAUUCUCAGGGAUAUACCUAAUGUUUUAUGGUCAAAUUAAAGACAUAGUGAAACAAAGCCUUGGUACAGAAGAAGUCAAUUCUCUUGCAGUAUCAAUGUGUGGACUAUUAUCUGGUCUUCUUGCUUCUCUACUAACGCACCCUGCCGAUGUUGUAAAAACAUCGAUACAAGCAAGCACGGGACCUUACAGCAAUCUUGAGAUGGUUCAAAGUGUUUUCUAUGAAAACGGGAUUCAAGGAUUCUUUAAAGGUUUUGCACCACGUGCAACAAGACGAACAUUAAUGGCAGCCACGACUUGGACAAUAUAUGAGAAGAUAAUGUCGGUCGUUGGAAUCAAAUAAAAACUGUUUGGGGGAAAAGUCUUUGCAUGAACACUGCACUAAAUGUUUUGAUUGUUUUAACUUGAAACAAUACCGUAGAGUCUGGAAUGUUCAGUGCGAGAUCAGUAGCCUCAAGGGGUUACUUUGAAAUCACCAUCGGUUAACUCCAAUGGUCAACUCAUAAUCCAUGAAGAAACGGUCUAGUCUGGUAAAAAUUUGUGGUAGCUAGUUGACGCAAAUGUACAUGAACGUUUUAUUUGGAUAAAAAGUAUAUAUUUUGUGAAGCUAUUAAAAAUUCCACAAAGACGGCGGUUACUUUUCCCAUUCUUUAGUUAUUGAAAAAGUGGCUACUUUCGAGGGGGAGCCAACCUCUAGGAGGGGGAGCCUACCUCAAGAAGGGGAGCCUACCUCUAGGAGGGAGAGCCUACUUCUAGAAAGGGGAGCCUAGAUCAAGGAGGGGAGCCUACCUCUAGGAGUGGGAGGCUACCUCUAGGAGAGGGAGGCUACUUUCAGGAGGGUGAGGCUACUUUCAGGAGGAGGAGGAGGCUACUUUCAGGAGGGCAAGGCUACUUUCAGAAGGGCAAGGCUGCUUUCAGGAGGGGAAGGUUACUUUCAGGGGGAGGCUGCAUUCAUUCAGGAGAGCUACUUUCUAGACUCUACGGUAAUUUAAUAAAAUUACUAUUUGGUAAUUUGAUUUUUUAAAUUCUAAAUCUCGGAACGCGAACAAGCUACAUCCUUGUACAUACGAUUCUCUUUGAUGUAUCAUUACAAUUAUUAAAGUUCUUUCUGUACAAAA